UGUCCCGUGUGAAUGGGGAUUUUUGUUCCCUUCUUAUUCCGGGGUGCCCAAUUCCGCGUAGCCUCCAGCGUUCCAUCCCCAGCUAGCUAGCCUUUGGCAGCCUCAGUUUUUAACCAACUUGCGAAAUUCCGAGCUUCUCGACAGCGAUGGCCAACCUAUCACCAAACCGUGCCUCUCUCUAGCUCGCGGCGAAGACUUCUCAUGAUUUCUUUAUUCUCGCAUUCCGGGGGGUUUUAUUCGCGGGAUGUCGAUUCCCCGGCGAUUCUGAAGUCCAGCUCGAUCUCCUUCACCUUCCACGAGUUUCCUGCUGACCCGAGAUAGUUCCAUUCAGACGUUCUUGAGCUGCUUAUAGCUUCCUCUCGUCGAUCGACGGCCGGCUUCCGGCGGUUCGCGUGCGCGCCUCUUCUCUUCCCCUUCUGCCGGGAUGGCAUUGGACGUCGUCCUCGUCAGGUUACUCAUCAUUGCGGCCGUGGCGAGCGUUCUGCCGGCGCGGGGCCGCGCGGAUGGCGCCGCCGGGCUCGCGAUCGGGUUCUACAACGAGAAGUGCCCGGGCGCGGAAGAUCUGGUGCUGGAAGAGAUGCGUGACAUCGUCCAUGAAGACAGGACCCUCGGGCCGGCGCUGCUGCGGCUUCUCUUCCACGACUGCUUCGUCAGGGGGUGCGACGCGUCGAUCAUGCUGAAAUCGAGGAGCAAGAAGGGGGAGAGGGACGCCAAGCCGAUGAGCUACAGCCUCCGCGGCUUCGACGAGGUGGAGCGGAUCAAGGCCAAGCUGGAGGAGGCGUGCCCGCUGACCGUGUCGUGCGCGGACAUCAUCAUCAUGGCGGCGCGGGACGCCGUGUACCUGAACAACGGGCCACGGUUCCCGGUGGAGACGGGACGCCGGGACGGCAAGGUGUCCAACUGCGUGGACGCCGAGAACGACCUGGCGCCCCCGAAUGCCAACAUUGUCGAUCUUAAAACCUACUUCAGCGUCAAGAACCUGUCCUGGAAGGACCUGGUGGUGCUGUCAGGGAGCCACACGAUCGGUUCCUCCCAGUGCGCCGCGUUCGCGGGGGACCGGCUGUACAACCACAGCGGCAAAGGGAUGCAGGACCCGACCCUGAACAAGACCUACGCCCCGGACCUGCGGAUGAUGUGCGAGGCCGGGAACGAGACGGACACGACGCCGGUGAGCAUGGACCCCGGGAGCCCCCACGAGUUCGACCUGAGCUACUACAGGGACGUGUACAGCAACAAGGGCCUCUUCGUCUCCGACCAGGCGCUCCUCGACGACAAGCUCACGCACGACUACGUGGCAAGGAUGGCCGCCGCGCCGUCGCCCGACGAGUUCUUCGACGACUACGCGGCAGCCAUGAUCAACAUGGGGAGGAUGGAGGUGCUCACGGGCCACAACGGGGAGAUCAGGAAAAUCUGCGGCGCCUACGUUGACUAAUCGAGCCAGCGCGGUUGGUUGUUGAUGGUGAGUUGGUGCGAGUGCUUUUCGAUCCGUCGUCAUGUGGACACGGGCCACGCGCGCCGGUGUGGGAACCAGCCGCACCUGCCUUAUUCUGUUGAGGUGGUUAUGGAAUUGACCACGCCACGCGGCGACAUUUUCUUGCCGUCGACGAGACUCGGGUUUGUAUAUAUGUACAGAAUCAUCUGUUUGUUCUUGAUUGACCCAAGAUUUGGCAAGGUGUAUUUUCUCUUAAAUAGACAUAAUUAAUCUAACAUCUAAUAUCUA